GUCACACUUCGAUGCACUUUCUAAUCAGACGUUUAACUUCGCGGUGCAGAUAAACCAGCGAAAGAGAUUAAAAAUCCAGGUGUAUUAUCUCACCCUCUCGGAAAUAUCACCAUGGAACUGAGCUGGGAGAUAGUGCUCUGCGUGGCCAUUGCGGUGCUGGUUCAUGUUCUGGUCUACCUAUUCGUCAUGGCCAAGAAACCGAAGAGCAUAGUGGGUCGUCAUGUGGUGGUCACCGGCGGCUCCAAGGGAAUCGGACUCUGUCUGGCGGUGGAGUGCGCCAUGAAGGGCGCUAAUGUGACGGUGAUAGCGCGCGACGAGAAAAUGCUAAGCGGAGCUGUGGCUCUGAUGGAAGUGAUUCGCCAGCGUCCAGAUCAAAAGUUCCAGUUCAGGAGUCUGGACAUUGGCGGCGACUACGACCAGGUGGCCAAGGUGCUCGGCGAGAUCGAGGAUAGCUUCGGUCCCAUAUACACCUUAAUCAACUGUGCCGGAAUGGCCAUUUGCGGUGUGUUCGAGGAAGUCUCUGUCCAGGAUGUCCACAAGCUGAUGAACGUUAACUUCUUCGGCACCUAUAACUGCACCCGUUAUGUCCUGCCCAAGAUGAAGAAGGCGGGCGAUGGCAUUAUUGUCAUCACUGCCUCGCAGGCAGCUAUGUUUGGCAUCUAUGGAUACGGACCGUAUUCAGCCACCAAGUACGCGCUGAGAGCGAUGGCUGAAACGAUUGCAAUGGAGUCUCGGGAGCACGGGGUCAGCGUGACACUGGCCAUGCCCUGCGAUACGAAUACACCCGGAUUCGAGGAGGAAGAGAAGUCCAAACCCAGGGAGACAAAAAUAAUUUCUGGUGGCGGAGGUCUCAUAGAGCCGGAAGUUAUGGCCAAAGCUAUACUCAAGGAUGCCUUGAAGGGAAAUUUCACAUCAACUGUUGGAGCAGAAAGCUGGGUGAUCACCACUUUGGGUGGAGCGUUGCUUCCUUGGGAUGGCUUCUUCACCAAUCUUCUCCACGCCAUGGUUUUGGGUCCACUGCGACUAAUUAGCUACGCCCUGCACAAGUACUUCAAUAGUGUUAUACGCAAAUGCGCUCGAGAGGAUAAGGCCAAGGUCGGCUCGAAAGUGGAAACCAAGUGAAAUCUCUUGUCUUGCUGCCCUUAAAGUAUUCCAAGUGCCCAUUACAUUAAAUCACAUUUUCAUGAUAAAUCAACAUGUGCGAUUAUUUCGCAUGUUUAGCGACUAUUCCAAAUAUUACGAUUCCUGUAUUCAUUUAUAUAUAUGUGUGCAUUUUAACUUUUUUAUUAUUGCCUUGCUAAAGUUUAAACUAUUUGCAUUGCGUUUUGUAGUCAAAAUGACGUGUGCCUGUUCUGUUGGUGUGUGCUUCAUUUAAAUAAAAACAAAAUGUAUUUGUUGUUCAGAAA